AUGUCACGAAACAGAAGAUCAUUUAGUUAAUAAAAUUAUCAAAAGGAUACAAGUUUAAUCGAAACUAGCGUCAACUUAACAUAAAAAGAUAUAGAUUAGUAUACUCGUAAGCUUGAGUUCGAAAGAAAGAGGGCAUAUGGAACUCAGUAAGCACUUGAUGAGCUUAAAAAAGACAUUGAAAAUAGAAAAACAAGAAUUAGAUAGUUGAAAUUGAUAACUGAAAAAUCAGUAAAUAGAAAGACUUCUGCAGCGUUAUCAAACCUACGUAAAUCUUGUGAAAAUCAUAAAAAGCAAUAUAACACACUUCUUGAUGAAAUUAACCUGGUAAAAAUGUAGAUAAAUAAAUUAAGGAGAGAAAGAGCAUCAUUUUUAGAAGAAUAUGUGCAAGCUGAACAAGAAUUAGAAAAUUACUCAAAAGAAGUCGAAACUUUAAAUAAAAUAAACGAGGCAAGAAGAGAAGAAGAUGUUGAUAGAUAGAUUAAAUUGCUAGAAUUAAAAGAGGCAAAGAAUUAAGAACUUAGUAACUAUGAAUCUCAAUUCAAUACUAUGAAAGAAACAUUUUUAAAGAAAAAACUGGUACUAGAUAAAGAAUAAACCCAUAAUAAAUUAUUUAAAGAAGAUGAUAAUAUGUACGAAAACCAUGACACACUUUCAGUGCUAAAGAACAGAUUGAAAAAAAUAAUAUUUAGAAAUAAAAAUAAAGUAAGAAUCCUAGAUGAUUAUAUGAGAAAUCUAACUAUUAUAGAUGAUGGUUUUAAUUAAAUUAAAGAACAAACUGGUAUGACAGAUAUUGUAGAAAUAUAAAACACAUUCAUAAAGUCUGAAGAAUAAAAUCACCAACUAUUAACUUAUAGUGAUCUCUUAAACUAAUAAAUUGAUAACUUAGAAGAUGUAACUAAGGAUAUUGAAAGGAAAAUUUCAGAUUAAGAAAAAGAAAAUUCUAUUAGAUAAUAAAUAUUAAAUGGUGUUCCAGAUGAAGAUAAAUUAAAAGCUAAAAUUUCUGCUAUUUUAUAAACCAAAUAGAUUCCUAUCACCUAGUUUUAGUAACUGCUUGAUGAGGUUUUCCCUUACUUGGAAUAAAUGCUAUUAGGGUUAGCAGAAAGUAAAUUUAAUACUUAAUUCCCAUAUAAGCUAUUUGAGUAUUAAAAUGGUAUUUUGCUUAACGAAGGCACAGUUGAUUUAUACUUAUCUGAUUUAGAAACAUAUAUCAUGGAACUGCUUAAAUAUAUUGCCAAGAAAAAUGGAUUAAGUAAUGCAUACACUAGUGCUUUAUUAAUUGAAGGUAUCCCUGAGAAAGACUUUAGUGCUAAAAAAUAGGUCGAAUAGCAACCAAACAUCCCUAUAACCAAUAAUUAAGAGACAGAUGAAAACAAUCCCUCAUUUUUAAAUGAUAACUAGCUCUAUAACUAUUAGUCUUUUAAAGAUCAUGCAAUCAAUAUACUUGAUAAAAAGAAAUAAUAUUAAAGUGUACCAAAUAAUGUUGAUUCAAGUCCACAAUAAAAAAAUUUGGAUUCUGGACCUAAUAAAGUAUUAAGAGGAAAUUAUAUGAAAUGA